AUGGAUUUAGACAAUAUUCUUUAUGACGAGGUUGGUUCUGGUUACGAAUCUAGUGAUAAUGACAUAGACUAUAUGGAGUCAUCAUGCGUUAACCUUGAAAUAACAGAAAAUUAUAGUGAAGAAUAUUCAUUUGAAGUUCUUUCUCCUGAUGAAGUUUGUCAAUAUAUGAUAGAUCUUAUAGCAGAAGUUAAUUCAAUAUUAGAAAUGCCUGAAGCAAUAACGAAAAUGUUACUGAAUCAUUUUCAAUGGGACAAGCAAAGAUUAUUAGACAGAUUUUACGAUGGUAAUCAAGACAAAUUAUUCCGUGAAGCUCAUAUUGUUUAUCCUUAUCCUCUUAAAAAGAUUUAUGUCAAUGAAAAAAUUUCCUCGCAAGAAUCGUUGCUGGAACAAAGUACCUUCGAUACAGUAAAAGAAUGCCAAGUAUGUUGUUCAUCUCUACUAGUAUCAGAAUUAACUGGUUUGGAAUGCGGCCAUCGUUUUUGUACAAACUGUUGGGACGGCUAUCUUAAAAUUAAAAUUAUGAACGAAGGAUUAGUACAAAAAAUAAAAUGUAUGGCACAAAAAUGUGAAAUUUUUAUGGAUGAUAAUACUAUUAUGAAUUUGGUGAAAAAUCCUAAGGUAAAACAAAAGUAUCAAAAACAAAUAAUUAACAAUUUUGUAGAUUAUAAUAAACUUAUGAGAUGGUGUUUAACUCCAGGCUGUGAUAGAGUAAUUAAAGUACAAUAUGUAGAUGCCAAGCCAGUUACAUGUAAAUGCCAUUUGACAUUUUGUUUUAAAUGUGGAAAGAGGUGGCAUGAGCCGAUCAGUUGUGGUUUACUAGGUAAGUGGGAGAAAAUUGAUAAAGUCGAGGCUGCAACAACAGUGUGGCUUAUAACCCACACUAAGGAUUGUCCAGGUUGCCACUCAAAUAUCGAAAAGAAUGGUGGCUGUAAUCAUAUGACCUGUAUGAAAUGUGAUACAUCAUUUUGCUGGCUAUGUCUUACAAUUUGGGACAAUCACAAUUUUAAUCAUGGUUGCAAUAGAUAUAGUGAAGUGUAUAACCAUACUGAAAACAAAUUGCAAACUGAUCAUCAAAGAUAUAUAUUUUAUUCCUACAGAUACAAUAAUCACCUUGCUUCGCUCAAUGCUGAAAGUGAAAUAUAUAUCAAUAUUAAUUACAAAAUGCAAGAUAUGAAAGAGCACAACAUGACCUGGGUUGAAGUGCAAUUUUUAAAAAAAGCAAUAGAUACUUUGUUGAUUUGUAGGCAAACACUUAUGUAUACUUACGUCUUACUAUUCUACCUUAAGAAAAACAAUCAGACUGAUAUAUUUGAAGCUAACCAACAAGAUUUAGAGCAUGCAACUGAAGUACUUUCUGGAUAUCUUGAACGAGACAUCGUCGACGAAAAUUUGGCUGAUGUAAAGCAGCGAGUCAUGGAUAAAUAUGUUUAUUGUGAAGGCAGAAGACAAAUACUCAUAAAGCACAUACGUGAGGGAUUUGAAAAUGAUUGGUGGAUUUUAGAAUACAAUAUAUAA